AUGACCCAGUUAUUUGGGUUGGAUGGAGAAUUGGUACCUGUUACUGCCAUAGAGGUAAUCCCCAACCUUGUGGUAGCUAAGAGAAGUAUGGAGAAAAAUGGAUAUGAGGCGGUGAUUGUGGGCUAUGGGGAAAUAAAAAAGAAGAGAAUUAAUAAACCUAACUUGGGACAAUAUAAGAACGUUGGUGAAGGAAUAGAACCCAAACGUCAUCUAUAUGAACUUAGAGGAUUAGAUGUAAGUAAGUAUGAAGUUGGAGAACUCGUGAAAAUGGAUGAACUGCUUAGUGUUGGAGACUGCAUAGAUGUUCAGGGAACAACUAGAGGUCAUGGAUUUACUGGAGCAAUAAAACUGUGGAACUAUAGAUGUGGGCCUAAAUCACACGGUGCAGGUUAUCCACAUAGAUUUGGGGGAUCACUGGAAACAG